AUGUUGCGAGGAGUGGAUUCUGCAGAGAAAGAAGACAGGAGAGCCAUAUCAUUGGCAGGUGGACCUCAGGUAGUGCCAGUCACCGCACACGAACUCAGCUACGCAGAUGAGAGCCCCAACACGACCUCAGACAACCACCGUAUCGAAGAAGAUCUCCGCGUGGGCGUCCCAUCGUUGUUUGAACCAGACUAUUACCGCAAUCUGAUCAGCCCAGACCAUCCUCUCCAUACAAGGAACCUCGACUUGGCACUAAAGGCUUUGGAAAUCUGCAAAGAAAAUGACCUGGGCAUGAUCGACAAUGUACACUUUUGGAAGCAGCGCGGUCUAUUCGAACAAGACAAGCCGAGCGUACCAACCAUGAAGAUCACAGUGAAAAGGAAGCCCCACGACCCCGGCUGGCCUGCACGAGCGACUCGGGCGGCCUGGGCAGUGUACCACUACCUCCCAGAAUUAGAAGGAUCCGCCACCAAUGAGUAUAACAUCGCGGUCGAGAUCUGUGAUAUCUUGUUCUGCGCAAAGUACCGCCUCCGGUUGCAGUCGUGCACCGUAAAGGAUGCCGUCUUUUCGCAGUGGGAGGCUGUGUUAGAAGCAAUUCUCCGGACGAUCCCUCUGGCGGGAGUCCUUUAUAUUAGCUGCUGUCGCACUGGGGCGACGUCCUCGACUUCGGGCUCUGCACCCACUGUCUUGCUGGGGGUGGAUCCGACGGCAUCCGUGGAUUGGAAAGUGGUUCGGGAACAGAUUGUUACCGUUCUGGAAUCAUUUGGUCUUGAUUCAGUUGGGGUGCUUAUCCGCCAGGACCCGGCAAGCCGACCACCUUUGGACCUGCAUGGCCUUCCUAAGUCCCUUACACACGGCUUCGAAGAGGAUAAACCCUAUGAGUGGAUGCCGUACGCGCUGACAUCCGCGCGCUGUGUCCUGCCUACCGAUGCACAUGUCGAGUCCUGUGCUCAGAAGGGAGAGAACACCCCGGCUUUUGACGAGUGGAAGACAUAUGGCGUACCGUUCCGAGACGCCACAGCGGCUAGACUCCUCCUGGAUGAUAGCCCAGGCUUGUAUGAAAUCAUAAUGAACAUGGACAACCUCGAUGAUCUCGCACGAGAUUAUGAGGAUGAAAUGCGCUGCGAACGUUUUCAAGCCGCGCAAGCGCAGAACGAGCCUGUGUCCGCCCCCGGGGAUCUAAAAUUCUGGACAUAUCCAAACAACACCCUUACUAAGAUUAGAGCAGAACGCGCCCAAAUCCAGAAGGAUCAAGAUAACAAGAACUACGAGUUCGGCACUGUGGUCGCCGCGUCCGGCCUGAAAGCACGACAACAGGAACCCUCCUCCUCAGAAGUCAGUUCACCGUCGGUCUUCCUGGACUGGCAACUUGUCCGCAUGCGCGCAGACCGACGUCUGGGCGAGAACAAGUCUCCAUGUUCCUCGGAGGACUUUCUGGACCCAGUAUCCGAAGUUGUGGGAGUUUGGUAUUUGGAGGAGCGGCUCCAACCCGGGAAGUCUCUAUGGAAGAUAGGGCAUUCCACGGCCAAAACGGAAGGGAGAUACAACGGACUGCGCACAGCGUGGAUUACCCAUACUACUGCCACUAUCUUUGAAGCAAGAGGAGAACCAUUGGUUCAGUAUGUACAUUCUAUAUACAACUCGUACAACUCGUACAACGGUGUGAUGCUUUGGGGGGACUCAGGAUCGAUGGUGUUCGACCGGGACGGGUAUGUGGUUGGAAUGUGUUUUGAGGGCAAUGCGCAUGGGGACACAGCCUACUUCAUGCGGUGGGAGGAUCUGUGGGAAGAUAUUCUGCGAAAAUCCGGGGCCAAGAAUAUUCGGUUUCUGGGAGAUGAAUAUUCCUAUCGGGGCAUCCCGUUGGAGAUGGAGUGGCUUUCCUUGCGAAUGAUUUCUCGUGUGUCGGAAUGA